CGGGCCUGGGGAGGCUGUAGCUCCUGGAAAACAGGGAGAGUCUCCCAAAAUGAGAGCUUGGAUCCCCUAAGUCCUUAGGAACUGAGGUUGCAGCUUAUGCCUACACCACCCACCCACCCCACCCCACACCCCUCGAAAGGACCGCGAGCGCAGUUGUCUCUCAGUCUGAACUCCUAAAGAAACUCUGACAGAACCCUGAAGAGUCCGGGACAUCCCCAUGCCCACCCCGUGCCCCCGCCCUAGAGCGGGAGGAAGAGACCAACUGCGUUGCCCAGAGCCGCCCAAUCGGUCGCCUAGACUCACACAAUAAAGACGCAGCGCGGUGGUCAGCCUUGCCCUCCGGCGGCGCCUGUGUGGUCUCCGUGCCGGAGCGGGCGGUCUAACCAAUUCCAGCUUGGCUCUGCGACCGGCGAGGCGGGCUGCAGGUUGGGGCGGGCUCCAGUCACGCGGUCGCUGGGGUUCUCGGGACCCAGGCAGGAGAGGAGGACCCAUAGCCCUCUGGCCAAACUAAAUUGGAGGGCCUGCGGAGGGGGGCGGCCGCAUUGCUCCCAGCGAGGGAGAGCGGCCCCGACGCAUCCCUGUUCGCCAGAACCCCGAACCCGCCAGCCGCCUUGGAGGCACUGAGCCGAGGAACGCCGCCAGCCUGCUUCCUUGGUGGGCCCCGCUGUUCCCAGCCGAAUGACUCUGGCUCUUCUGUCCUUCCACAUCAGGUCGGGGGGAGCUCAUCUUGAUCUGCCUGCUGCAGAGUUGAACAGCUUGGAGUUCUGGUUGGCAGGAUGUAGUCACCAAGGUGACUCCAGGCGAUAAAAGGAAUGUAGCCUUUGGCCACAAUUGGCCAAUGCAGCUGCCCCUUCCCUGGCCAGGAUUCUCCAUGGACAUGGAUGGCCUCAACUUUCCUGGGAGCAGAGGGCUUGGCCAUGGAGAAGCACACCAGAACUGGUGUGAAACCACCUUCCUGGGAGCCAAACUUGGGCAGAGUUUAUGCUUCAUUUCUCCUCCAUCAGCAAAUUUCUUAGACUGUGCCAGUCUCAGGCAGUGUGUGGGUCUUCGCUGAUAGACCACUAGGGCAGAAUCCUCUCCAGAGGGACAGGGCAGGGAGGAAUCGGCAUUUGAGAAGCAUUGCUCAGGCCUAGGGACAGAGCUGGUAGCCCCACCACACCGUGGGCUCUCCUUGCAACCCUAGAGGUGCACAGUACUGGAAAAGGCCUUAGCUGCGACUUAAAGCUGGUGGAAGCAAGCCCGGCCCAGGCAGCCAGUGGAAAAAGGGAGUUCAAGCUAAUCAAGACCAAUAAGGAUCCCAAGGGACACUCAGGCAAAGGCACCCAAUGUCCCCAGCUCCUGAAGCUGAGCCUGGGAACUCCCAGUGGUUUCACCUUUGCUCAACGUUCCUUGGCUCUGCCUGGCAGCCUCGUCCUUUGCCAUCCAAUAUUGCGGGUGUUAUCAUAAUACCCUGAAGGGGGGGAAACGGGUCGGGGGGAUGUAGGCGGUGCUGAAAUGACCGGCUUUGAAGAACCUGCAGGCAAAGUUUCGUCCAAUCGUCUGAGACUGUCCUCUUAUUCCCGGUUGUAACUAAAUACUGCUGCAAGCGCAGCCGAAGCCCUUUGUUGGAGAUGUGUGAGCGCAGUCUCUACAGAGCGGGCUAUGUGGGCUCGCUUCUGAAUCUGCAGUCGCCUGAUUCCUUCUACUUCUCCAACCUGCGGCCGAAUGGCGGCCAGUUGGCAGCACUCCCCCCCAUCUCAUACCCGCGAGGCGCGCUGCCCUGGGCCACCACGCCCGCCCCCUGCGCCCCAGCGCAGCCUGCCGGUGCCACCGCUUUCGGCAGCUUCUCGCAGCCCUACCUGGCUGGUUCCGGGCCGCUCGGCCUGCAGCCCCUGGGCGCCAAGGACGGACCCGAAGAGCCCGCCAAGUUUUAUGCGCCCGAUGUGGCUGCUGGGCCGGAGGACCGUGGCCGUGCGCGGCCGCCCUUCGUCCCCGAGUCUAGCUUGGCACCAGCGGCCGCUGCUCUCAAAGCGGCCAAGUACGACUACGCUGGUGUGGGCCGUGCGGCAGCGGGCUCUGCAACCCUCCUCGAGGGGACCCCCUGCGCUGCCGGCUUCAAGGACGACGCCAAGGGCCCGCUCAACUUGAACAUGACAGUGCAGGCGGCGAGCGUCGCCCCUUGCCUGCGACCUUCGCUGCCCGACGGCCUGCCGUGGGGGGCGGCCCCAGGGAGGACCCGCAAGAAGCGGAAACCCUACACCAAGCAGCAGAUUGCGGAGCUGGAGAACGAAUUCCUCCUCAACGAAUUCAUCAACCGCCAGAAGCGGAAGGAAUUGUCCAACAGGCUGAACCUCAGCGACCAGCAGGUCAAAAUCUGGUUCCAGAACCGGCGUAUGAAAAAGAAGCGCGUGGUCCUGCGCGAGCAGGCACUGGCGCUAUACUAGCUCCCCGCGUGGUCGCGGCUGGCCAGGCCUGCCUUUUUAAAACCGAGACCUGGCGUGUAGGAAGAGCUGUGGAUAGGAGCUUUUCCUUCCGCUCCUUCUCCGCUGAUCCCCAGCACCCUUCCGCUUAGUCUGCCGCCCCGGAAGCCAGCAGAGGAUUUGGAGACUGGGCCAGUCGGGCCUCUCUCUCCCCUUCCAGCUCUCUGGGAGGGUUCUGCCGAAGUCGAAGUAUAACCUUGGCCUUGAGGCUUCCUGAGUGGGGGUCUGGGGUCACCUGUCCUAGCUCUUGUCUGGGCUAUUUACAUGGGCGCUCACUCUAGCACCCUUGUACUUGGAUUUCUGCUUCCACCUAGACUCCCUUUCCUCUUCUCCCCAGUCCUUUUUGAAUUUAGUAGGCACCCCGCUAGAGCUCUGAGUGGAAUUAAAUCUGGGAAGUCCUUCGGGAAGGAGUAGAAAAGGGCUGCAGGCACAAUUCUGUCUCUUUGCAGCCAAAGCCCCUUGUGGCAAAGCCAGAAACUUGGAUCUGGAGAAAGAAAGGGCACCACCCCCCUCCUCUCUGCCCUGGCUGGUUUUGGAGGACAAAAACCACCCUAAACAUUCAUACUUCGGGAGGAAAGGGGAGGGGAGGGACGGUGUGUCUGGACAAAUUUGAAGACCCCUCUGAGUUUGGGCUGGGCUGGCCCCUCCAGCUGGACAGAAUGGGGUGGAUACUUCCUUCCCGAGGCUCCAGGGCAAAGUGCGGUCUCUAGACAGGGCUGGUAAAAUUUCUCCUACUUCUCCUAUCUCCUCCCAUAUGUCUAGGCCAGAGCCCUGCACUCGGUAAUUGGACUCAGCUCUGGUGAGGACAGCUGCUAAUCUGCUGAGGCUGGGUUGCACUAGGAGGUGGGAAAAAUAUCCAGGGGGAGGAGAAGGGAGUGAGCAAGGAGAGGGGUGUCCUACAUUCCAACUGUAAAUAUGGCUUCCCUCUUCAGAUGGGUAAAGUUGUGGACAUGUCUUUCUUGAAUUAAGAUAAUGGGCCACCAUAGGGAGAGACGAAAGUUCCUCCAUCAGCCAGGGGGUGAAGAAGGAGGUCCCUCAAAUCCUUAGCCCCUGGUUGCUGCUGUUGACCAAGUAGAGAGAAGUUCACCCUCUCUCACCCUCUUCACCACCACACAACUCCACAGGGGGCCUUUCUGUGCCUCAGCCACUGUGCCUUUUCUGAGCCCACGUCUGGCCUGCCUCAGGGGCGCCUGUAAGGCCCUGGGCCCUGCUGGGUUUGUUUUGUGGAGACUGGGGUUCGUGAUGCCAGAUGGAGUUGUUUUGCUUGUGCUGGGGUGUCCUGCCUUACCCUCAGAGAAACUGAGCACCCCCUCCAGCUCCUUCUAUCAUUCCUACCUCUUUUCCCUCUCCUUCUGAGAAGUAGCAGCCCCCAGUUCCUACUGAGAUGUAUGGCAGCCAAAGAGUUGACGAUUCCUUCCUAAGUCACUUAUUUUCAGCGGAGGACUAGGCCCUAGAUCUGGAGCGAGCACCUCCCAGACAGCCCCAAGCCUCAGUCCAACCUACCGCAGUUUAUGUUUAGACUAAUUACAUUUUCUUUGCUAUCUAAUAGUUGUUGUGCAUGUUUUGUGUUGUUUUGAUUUUGUCCAAAAAACAAUAGCUUGUAUAUAUCAGAUACAUCAAAAUGUUUUGAGUGGAAAUAAAUAUACA